AUGGCACCAAUUCACUGCGUAGCAAUUAUUACUCCUGCACCAGGGAAGGAGGCUCGUGUAUGUGACAUCAACUUUCCCUUUACCUUACCUUUAUUACCUCAAGCUAAUACACCUAUCCACCUUCAGCUUCGGGAACUCCUCACCGGACUCGGAAACAACGUUGAAAAACACGAGAAGGGAGUCAGCAAAUAUCAAAUCUUCGAGCAAUACAGUGGUGAGAAAGGAAAUGUGUUUGUCGUCCAAGAAAUAUACGAAGAUGAAGCCGCACACGAAGCCCAUUUCAAAACAUCCUACUUCACCGCGCUUGGAAAAAUCUUACCCGAAGAGGGAGUUUUAGGUGCGCCAUUAGAUAUCAAAACGAUUAAGCCAAUUGCUGGAUUCGAGAGUCGCUAG